AUGUUCGUCUCCCUUCCAACUUCCAUUGCUGUGGAAGAGAACCAGAACGUGACUUUCACGUGUUUAGCUCGUGGUCUCCCGUUACCAAAUAUCACGCGGUCUAAAGUGGGGGGAAGUCUGCCAGUUGAAGCGGUUAUUACAGAGCAAGGGUACCUUCAUCUACUGGAGGUUUUACCUGAAGAUUCUGGAAACUACUCCUGCACAGCUUCCAAUUUAGCUGGAGAAAUUACGUCGCCGGCAGUGGAAUUAGUGGUACAUUUAACACUCAUGUUUACAAUACUUCCUCCUCUGGGUCCAAUCUUCAUCUAUGCUGGCGACUCGCUGACUCUGCCAUGUACGGCAGAUAGUGACCUGGUACCAACAAUGGGAUGGCACAUGCAGUACAGUCAAGGGGUUGAGAUUUUUCCGAACAAUACACUGUUCAUUGCAUUUGCUGAGGUGUCUCAUGACGGAUUAUACGUUUGCACAGCAAACAACAGUUUUCGUGCACUGGAAAAGAAUGUUACUCUAUACGUUUAUGCCCUUCCCUCCUGUCGCGACAUCAAGAAUCGACAGCUUCUUGCAUCUAAAAGUUUUCCUAUGGAUACGAGUGGGUAUUACUUCAUAGAUCCAGAUGGCGGAGGCACAGGAGACGAGCCCUUUAAGGUGUUUUGCAACAUGACUAUGUAUAACGACAACGGCAUAACGGUCAUAAGUCAUGACAGUGAAAAUGCGACACUAGUGGAUGGUUAUGAAGCAAGAGGUUCUUACAGUCGAAUCGUGACUUACACUGGGGUGAACCCUACACAAAUUGCAACCCUUGUUGGCAUUUCAAGGAAAUGCUUUCAGUUUAUCAAGUUCGAGUGCUUCGGAGUAGAAUUGUUUGGUAGAGACAUGGCCUGGUGGGUGUCACGAGAUGGAAACAAAAUGAAUUACUGGGGAGGUGCUGACCCCGACAGCGGAAAGUGCGCAUGUGGAAUGGAUGACUCCUGUGUGGAUCCGAAGUACGACUGUAACUGUGACUCAGAAAAAUCUCAAUGGCUCGAAGACAGCGGCUUUCUGUCCGAUAAAAGCAACCUACCCGUCAGCGAAGUGAGGUUUGGCGAUACAGGAGGACAAAGGGAGAAGGGCUAUCAUACUUUGGGAAAGUUUAUGUGCGUCGGGGAUCCAAUUAUCGUGCCAUUGGCAUAA